AUGGAAUCGUCUGGUGGAGGUCGCGGUGGUUUUCGUGGUUCGUUUGGAGCUAGAGGAAGGGGACGUGGACGAGGGCGUGGACGAGGUCGUGGUCGUGGAGUUGCAACAAAAGAAUGGAAGCCUGUUACCCAGUUGGGACGUCUGGUAUUCGACAGGAAAAUCACUACAUUAGAAGAAAUUUACAUGUUCAGUCUCCCAAUUAAGGAGUGUGAAAUUGUAGAUACCAUAUUGGGUUCAAGUUUAAAGGAUGAAGUCCUCAAAAUCAUGCCAGUUCAAAAGCAGACUUGUGCUGGUCAGAGAACCCGUUUUAAAGCAAUUAUUGCAAUGGGAGACCAUAACUGUCACGUUGGGCUAGGAGUUAAAUGUGCUAAGGAGGUCGCUACAGCUAUUAGAGGUGCUAUAAUUCAGGCAAAGCUGUCAAUAAUUCCUGUAAGGAAAGGGUACUGGGGUAAUCAGAUUGGAAAACCACACACUGUUCCAUGUAAAGUGACUGGAAAAUGUGGUUCUGUGUCAGUACGUUUGAUCCCAGCCCCUCGUGGGACAGGUAUUGUUGGUGCUCCAGUUCCCAAAAAACUCCUUCAAAUGGCUGGUAUCGAUGAUGUGUACACAAGUGCUCGGGGUCAGACCUCAACCUUGGGAAAUUUCGCUAAAGCAACGUACGCAGCCAUACGAGCUACCUAUGAGUAUCUAACACCUGAUUUGUGGGACGUGGUUCCAAAAACAAAACACAUAUUUGUUGAAUAUGCUGGAUAUCUUAACAAAAUUGCUAAAGAAGUUUGA